AUGAACUUUUUCACACGUUUUGUCAUAUUUGUUCUCUUCUCAGCAUGUACAUCAGGUAAUUUUUUCAGUAAUUUUAUAAAAUUGGUUUGAAAGAUGUGUUAUAGUAGUGUAAUAUGAACUAAAGCUUGAUAUAACUGUAAUAACAUUAGUAAAAUGGCUGUUAAUUUUUAAAUAUUAGUGAAAGGUUAUAUAUAUUAGUGCCUCGUGUAAUAUAGCAGUUGUAGUUACUAUAAAAAUAAUUUUAGAACGUCAACUGAGCGAGUCGAAUCGUCUGUUCGAAGAUCUGUUCCGAACGUACCAGAAGCUCGUCCGACCUUCCCUAACAUGCAAUGACAGUGUUCAAAUCGAGUUUCAGUUCAAACUAUUGCAGAUUCUGGACGUGCAUGAAAAAGACCAAAUCCUCAGCACGUCAGGGAUUCUUAAGCACGUUUGGACGGAUUACCGACUGAAAUGGCGACCAGAAGAGUACGGUAACGUGAGUAUGUUACAUGUGCCUGGAGAGAGGUUGUGGCUGCCAGAUAUUAUUCUUUACAACAAUGCUGAUGGACGGCCUACGCCGAGGAAGAUUACCAAGGUAGUAUACAGUAGGCUUACUUUGAUAUACGGUAUAUUAACAUAGAUGUUACGUCUUAUUAUCAGAAGGUACACUUUACCUACUACAAUAUACUUUCAGGCUGACCUUUACUACAAUGGCAGUAUCUACUGGACCCCGCCAGCCAUAUACAACUCCUUAUGUCUGAUAGAUACUCAAUGGUUUCCUUACGAUGAGCAACUUUGCACUUUAAAGUUUGGAUCGUGGACUUACAGUAGUGAUGAGCUAGACUUGGGACAGCCAGCUGCCGAAGACUCGGUGAAGAGGAUUCUGUCGGAUGGUACUACGGAGAUUCGAGUGGAAGUUGGAGUAGACAUAACCGAGUAUCAGGAGUCAGUUGAAUUCGAUUUGUUAUCAGUUGUCGGCAGCCGACAUGAACGAUAUUAUCCUUGCUGCGAUUUUCCGUAAGUUGAAGAUAAUUUCUAUAAAAUUGAGCGCUUUAGAGUAAUAUAGUAUUGUACUACUAGUUUUUAGUACUGUACUACUAGUGUCAUUAUUAUAUAUGUUAUUUCUUGGCUUACGUUACAUUUUGAGUUUACAGUGCAAUUGACAUAACAUACGAUCUCGCCAUUCGUCGGAAGAAGUUGUUUUACACAGUAAACUUGAUGAUACCAUGCAUUGGGAUAGCUAUGUUGGCUUCUUUUGUAUUUUACUUGCCAAGCGAGUCCCACAACAAGAUCACCUUAUGUAUCUCCGUCUUGGUAUCUCUUACCGUCUUCUUUCUGUUGUUGGUAUGUUAUGAAGUUGUCAUCAAUAUUUAGUUUUCAAUUAUUUUUUUACUUAUAUCAGAGCUCAAAAAGUAAUUUAACCAUGUAACGUCUAUCCUUACUUUCAGACAGAUAUCAUACCACCGACAAGUACAGCAGUACCAUUAGUGGCCAAGUACCUAAUAUUCACCAUGAUUAUGGUGACGUUAUCAGUCGUAAUCACAAUAUUAAUAUUGAACAUUCAUCAUCAAGGGAUAAAACCAAUGCCAUCGUUCAUCAGAUUCAUCGUAAUCCAAGUGUUGGGAUCGUCUAUGUUAAUAUACAAGAAACCGAGUGAAUGUUUUGAUAAGAAGAGGAAGAGAAUGCCAAUCAAAGAUGCCCUCAGGCAAUUGGAUGACCAUUUAAAGAGUGUUCAGAAGAGGAAGGUGGAAUGUGCUACCAUUUCUUAUCCCACGGUCAUAUCUUAUAAUGGGUAAGUUAAUAUUGGUUGGAGGUGCCUAUGGCUUUUCUUUAUGGGGGAGGUCUAAAAAGAAUGUUUGUGUAUCUAUUAGCUUAUUUUGAAAAUUUUUGAAGGUAGAUAUAAUAAUUUUAGAAAAAAGUUUAAUCCGAAAAAUGAUCCAGUACGUCGAGAACUACAACAUCGUAUACGAAGAAUCAGCAAGAACAUAAAGUAUAUUCAGAAGGAUAUUCAGCGAGAGACCGCCAACGAAGACGUAAGUCAGGUUAUGACAAUGUUACUUUAAAUUCACCAAAGCUAUGUCAAUAGAAGUGAGUAGCGGGCCGCGCUUACCUUUAAUACAUUGCCUAUAUCCAGGCUUGGACACAGGGCAGGGCAUUGGCAAAUUUCCAAGCCCUGCCCUGUGCCCUGCAAUGCCCUGCCCUGUACAGGGCAUUGGGCUUUUAUGUCCUGCCCUGCCCUUGCCCUGCAGGGCAUCAGGGCAUUUACAGGGUAUUUACAGGGCAUUUGGGUAUAUUUUGGCGGACGCCUCCGCCGAGUGGUUGAUAAUCGGCGGACGUCAUAACUUGGUUAGUUUAGCAGCUAGAAAAAUGUAGUUAAGUGUAGAAGUUGUUAUCUGUCAUAACCUACACAUUAAGCCAGAAAUUUAUGUUUUUGAAAACAAUAUUGUUAUCGACCGGUCGAUAAUUUACAAAUGUUUAAUUUUUGCAAAAAACAAAGUUUUUUGCUUAGAAUUGUAUCUAAUGCAAUUUCUAUACAAUCUAGAACGACAGAGCGAUAAGAAUAUAUAUAAAAUUUGCAAUUAAAAUAUACUAAAAAUUAUCAACCGGUCGAUAACAAUAUUACUUUUAAAAUCUUAAAAUUAUGCUUUUACUUGUAGCCAAUGACAUAUAAUAACUUCUGAAUUGAACUACAUGUUUCUAGCUGCUAAACUAACCAAGUUAUAGCGUCCGCCGAUUAUCGACCGCUCGGCGGAGGCGUCCGCCAAAACUUACCAUGGCACAAACAGGGCAUUUGCAGGGUAAUGCAGGGCAUAGGGCAUGCCCUGCUCUGCCCUGUAAAAAAAUUUCAAACUAUGCCCUAUGCCCUGCCCUGUGUCCAAGCCUGCCUAUAUCCCAAAUUAUAUAAUGCCUAUUCGUAUUUUACUCCUACCUACUACCACAUUACAUAUAAAAGUAAUACUAAACACUUAAUAUGUCUUAAAUUUCCAUAAUUAAAGACUGAUAUUACGGUAUGUUCAGAUGCGCUCGGACUGGAGAUUGGUGGCCAUGUUAACCGACCGAAUCUUCUUGUUUAUAUUCUCGGUAGUAAUACUCAUAGGAACACUGUUGGUGACGAUUACUGCGCCUUCGUUAAGAGAUACGCGAAUACCCGUCACUGUAUAUUUCCCAGAAAUCAUUACAUAUGAUGAUGAAUAA